UCGCGUUUGGUUUGGCGUUUGGUUUGAAUGGUGUUUCGAAGAGAGUGAGACGCACACUCGAAAACACAAUAAAUAAUAUUAUGUAGCACAAAUAAUGGCCGAAUUAUCUAACCCGACCGGGUUAGCGCCGGAUCAAUCCGGAGGAACAGAUUCAACCGUAUCCACUGCAAGCAACCGGAGUUUACGUUUGGCGGAAAAAGAAAAGAAGAAAGGCGAGGCGAAUCCAUUUGGGCUUGCUGUGAAGUAUCUUUCUCGGGUGGAAGCUAGCACAGUGGUUAGAGGGAAUGAUGAGCUGGAGAGAAGCCUGGUGGUUGUGGAGACGGUUGCCCUCAGUAAUGGUCUCCAUCCAGAUGCCAUCGCAAUGCUUCUAGAUAUGGCUUUAAGCCUCAAUGCAGGAACUGCCAAUUGCACUCGAGUGCUUAAAUUUCUGAUACCUGCCACAGUUGUGCCACAGGAGGCCAUUGUGAGAGGGAUGUCGUGGCUCUGUGUUGGGAAAAUGCCAAUGAACGCACAGGUUUUCUUUGUCCGUUGGGUACUCACCGUGUUUGACUUGAUUGACUGCAAAGACCACUUGAGGUCAAUUUAUGGGUUCAUUUUCAGCUUUGUGACUGAAGAAAAUCUGUGCCCGUUCAUCUGUCACCUGUUGUAUCUUUUAACAAUGAGAGAACAUGUCCAUCCAUACAGAGUGAGGAAACUCUUGGACAUUCAGGCCAAAAUGGGCAGACAGCCUUUUCUCACACAACUUCUGGCACUCUAUAAAGUGUUCCGGCCAGACUUAGUGACAGUCUCUGUUCCAUCAAGAGGAAGGACUGGUUUUAAGAAUUACAACGCUCCUUGGAAAGUGUCCCUGAGUGCUGUGCAAAGGAAAAACAAGGGUGCAGUUCUGGAUGACCAGAGCCUGAGUCUGGAUGUGAAAGAGAAGCCAUUAUCCAGAAAGAGGAAACUGCAUCACCUUGAGAUACCUCCCUUGAGCUCAGUUUUCCACAGCAACUCCAAAGGGAAGGUCUUUGGUCUGCAGGAGCUCCGUUCUUUCAAACAGCUGCUGGAGAACAUUGAUAAUAUAGAGCUGCCUGCCCAGAUGGGUUCUCUUCUCGGAUCGGCCCUGUCUCUGCACUACCUCGACUGUGUGCAGGAUGAGUCAGCCUUCCUGCGCCUUAACUUUUGGCUUGGGCACUCGUUGCAAGAGGAGUUUUUACUGUGUCCUGUGGAUGGGAGUUCUGACAACACUUCUGAAGCCUGUCGUUUCCUGAGCACCAUCCUCUCCUCACAGCAGUUCCUACAGGAGAGUUUCUCCAGCACAGAGAGUUUUCUUUAUAAGUUCCUGAGUUUGUGGGACGGCUGUCUGCUCCGGCCGCAGAUUCUGGAUCUUCUCAGUGACAUUCCCUUAAUGCCCAGCUUCUACAUGAGGAAGCUCCUUUUCGAGCCACUGAAGCAGCUGUAUUUUACCUCCACCGUGUUUUUCAAGUGUAGUGUCAUUGAGUGUCUGAACAACAUGCUGGUGAAGUGGCUGACAUGGCAUUCAGUCAGCGUGGUGAAGGGCGGCUUGGACAUCAGCCUCAACAGCAAUAGCACCAUGGCUAUGUCCCUGUCUGGGUUCAUGGACUCUGUCAUGGAGCUGGUGCGUUUUGUUGGAUUGCUGGCAUCUGAGGGACUCCGUCUGGAGAACUGCCAUGUGCUACUGCUCAACCAGACACUUGCCUUCUAUGAGACGGUAUGUGACAUGUUUUUAAAGUUCAGCUUACCCUUGAUCAUCAUGCUCCCGGCGGGUGUUUUCUACCCAGCGCUCUUCGCAACAGACUCAGUCAGUGUGGAUCGACUAGGCUACAUCAUGUACAGGUACAGGAAGAAUCUGACCUUGGCUAAGAGACAAGAGAAGCAGAGAGAGCAAACAUUUCACAUAAGCCGAAAUACGUACAAGGAGUUCAAUCGAAAUCUUCAAGCCAUGGUGAACUCCAUGUGGAACUCUUCAUGGUGCCUUCCUGGCUCGGACCUUGAGAUCGACAAGGAUCUAAUAGCUCUAAGCAAGGUGGCCGAACCUUGGUGCCGCUUCGACCUAAUCCACCACCCAGCGCUUUUCAGCUACGCCGUUGAAUUUCACCAGAAGUGUUGGCCAGAGAUGAAGGAUGUAGAUCUUGGUUCCAUAAAGACUGGAAAGUAUUGGAACUGGUACAUGGAGUUUCUCUUUAAUCAAGGCUUUGAUGGCCUCAACAACUUUAUUCAGACCAACACAGGCCACAGCUCUUCUUCUUUGAGUAGUCAAGAUGACCGACAGCCUGCAAGUCAGCCUUGAUGCUUCCAGUACGUCCAAAUGUCAGGGGGCCUAAUCUCGGUUUCAGUUAACGUGUAUAUAUUUCAUAAUCCCAGUCAGAGACUAUGUUACCAUCGUAACUGUAAAUACUUUGUAAAUGUACAUUAUUUUUCAUGAAAACCAUUUAGUUCUUUGUGCUUCGUCUAGUGUUGUAGAUAAUUUUGCCAAAUGUUUUUUCUGUGCUCAAAAAACUGAAAGAUUUUUUAUAAUUGUAGAAAAAAAAAUCAUGGUUAAAGUUUUUAGACCGUUUUGGAGACGUAAACCACACUGGUCAAGAAACACGUCCUGUUAGAUUUCUUUAUUACUUUCGUGAAUUUAACGAAAUCUUAAAAUGUAAUUUCUCUUCAGUUCUAAAAGUUCUGUUGGUAGUGUUACGAAAUGGACACGGAAAGGGUUUCUGGACCACUGUUGUUUAUGUCUCGCAAAAUGGUCUAUACACGGCUUUACUUACAUUUAAAAUACAACAUUCAUUAUUUAUUUUAUAUUGAUUUCAAAUGGAUGCUCAUUGUCAAAGUUUAACACACAGCCUUCGCUUUUGUUAGCCAAAUGCAGCUUGUAUCUGACCAAUCUCGGAUUAAAACAGCUCCUUUUUCCAAUCUA